GCAACAACAGUAGCUGCACAAGAACACGGCCGUGCAAACAAGCCCCUCCAUGUCCUGGCGCAGCGAGUGCACGCGUGCAUGGAUCUAACAAUGUCAACCACGACGACGUCGACGUCCCCGGAGCCCGACCAUGAUGACCGCGGUCACCACCUCCCCUCCUUCGUGAUCCCGCCAGCAUCGUCGCCGGCGGUGGCAAUGCCAUUGCCGCCGCCGUCGGCUCUGCCGCCUACGAUCCCGGCCUGCGACCCGCACGACGGGCCGGCGAGCCUGCAGCUCAUCGAGGACCUGACCACCCACGCCGGCGCCAUCCAGCGGCGCGUCCUCCGCGAGAUCCUCGCCAUGAACGCGGGCACGGACUACCUCCGCCGCUUCCUCGGCCCCGACGAUGCCGCGGCGCGCGGCGCCGACGAGCUCGCCGCCGCGUUCAAGGCCCGAGUGCCGGUCGUGGAGUACGAGGACGUCAAGCCGUACAUCGAGCGCAUCGCCAACGGCGCCCCCUCGUCGCUCAUCUCCUCCAAGCCCAUCACCGAGCUCCUCACGAGCUCUGGCACGUCCGGCGGGCAGCCGAAGCUGAUGCCGUCGACGGAGGAGGAGCUCGACCGCAAGACCUUCCUCUACAACCUCCUCAUCCCCGUCAUGAACAGGCACGUGGCGGGCCUGGACGAGGGGCGGUGCAUGUACCUGCUGUUCGUGAAGCCGGAGAUCACGACGCCGUCGGGGCUGGUGGCGCGGCCGGUGCUGACGAGCUACUACAAGAGCCGGCACUUCCGGGAGCGGCCGGACAGCCCGUACGCGCGGUACACGAGCCCGACGGCGGCGAUCCUGUGCCCGGACAGUGCGCAGAGCAUGUACGCGCAGCUGCUCUGCGGCCUCGCCCGCCGCGGCGAGGUGCUCCGCGUCGGCGCUGUGUUCGCCUCCGCGUUCCUCCGCGCCAUCAAGUUCCUCGAGGGCCACUGGCGCGCGCUCUGCGAGGACCUCCGCGCCGGCCGCGUCGACGCCGCGCGCGUCGCCGACCUGGCGUGCCAGGAGGCCGUGGCCGCGGUCGUGGCGCGCCCGGACCCGGCGCUGGCCGACGCCGUCGCCGCCGAGUGCGCGGCGGCGCCGUCGUGGCGGGGCAUCGUGCGCCGCCUCUGGCUGCGGACCAAGUACAUCGACGUCAUCGUGACGGGGUCCAUGGCGCAGUACAUCCCGCUGCUCGAGUUCUACGGCGGCGGCCUGCCGCUGGUGUCGACCAUGUACGCGUCGUCCGAGUGCUACUUCGGCAUCAACCUCCGGCCGCUGGACCGGCCGGAGGACGUCGCCUACACGCUGCUGCCCAACAUGUGCUACUACGAGUUCGUCAAGGUGGAGAAAGACGGCGAGGAGGUCCGGGACGGGGAGGUGGUGGACCUCGUCGACGUCGAGAUCGGCGCCCACUACGAGCUCGUCGUCACCACCUUCACAGGCCUGUACCGGUACCGCGUGGGCGACAUCCUGCAGGUGUCGGGGUUCCACAACGCGGCGCCGCAGUUCCGGUUCGUGCACCGCCGCAACGUGGUGCUCAGCGUGGACACCGACAAGACCUCCGAGGACGACCUCCUCCGCGCCGUCACCGCCGCCAAGCGCCUCCUGGCGCCGCUCGGCGCCAUCCUCUCUGAGUACACGGCCUACGCCGACACGGCGUCCAUCCCGGGCCACUACGUCCUCUUCUGGGAGCUGACCCCGCCGCCGCCGCCGCCGCCGCUGCGCGCCGACGACUCUUGCGACGCCGGCGCCGAAGCCGAGGCCGCGGCCCGCGUCAUGGCCGCGUGCUGCGCCGCGGUGGAGGCCGGGCUGGACGCCGUGUACCGGCGGUGCCGGAGCCGCGACCGGUCCGUGGGCCCGCUGGAGAUCCGCGUGGUGGGCCCCGGCGCCUUCGACGCGCUCAUGGAUCUCUGCGUCUCCCACGGCUCCUCCGUGAACCAGUACAAGACGCCGCGCUGCAUCAAGCACCCCGACGCCAUCGCCGUCCUGGAGGCGCGCGUCGUCGGCAGGUUCUUCAGCGACGCCGUGCCGCACUGGGAGCCGUUCCAGGCCGCCGGCGCCGACGAAGGGGCGCCGGCGUGAGGUGCGUCGUCGUCUCACGCGCAUAAGAGGGCCCGGCCGGCGGCGCACGGACGGCUUCGAUUCCCUUGAUCACGUAGAUAUAAUUUUUUAUUAAUUGUCGAUGUGCAUGAUGUGAUGUUCAGUAGUUCGCGGGAAUGCGUGAAUCGUGAUGCGUACCGUACGCGUGUUAUCGCUCUAGUGUUGUUCAUUGCAUUUGAGAUUGAUCAUAUCAUAAUAUCAUUUGUUCUUGCCAA